CGCUCACUCAUACCUGGGUAGCUACACACAGGUAGAGGCAGGUACACACAGCACGCACGUGCAUAAGGGAGUGAGUGCUGAGUUAGACCUAGUCGCACCUACAUGUUGAUCUGUCGAGUGUAGUUCUGACGUUUCUUGUGAACGGAGGGUAACUUUUAAAAUAAAUAAAUAGCAACAACAGUGAACAACUACCGACAUCACCCAUAGAGUUAACCAUUUCAUUUCACUUAAAAUCGUACUCAAGAAAGAUUUUGGUUCAACAUGAAUCGCAAAGUUCCCGACCACAUUAUGAAGAUGUUCGAAAAGUACACGGCCAACAACGUCAGAGUGCUGAGUAAACCUCACGCGGUGGGCAUGUUAAAGGCCGAGUUUGGGCUGGACGACCAGGAAGCUGAAGUGAUGUUCAACACGUUCGAUAAAGACAAAAAUGGCAAACUCAGCAUCUGGGAGUUCCAGCAGUUUUGUGUUUGCAUGGGCGAGCAUGCUCAAGAAAUCGUAAACAAAUUCAAAGAACUGGACAAAGACGGAAGUGGUCAACUUGACCCGGAAGAGGCCAGAAUUGGACUCCGUGAAAUCAAAACUGCGACCGGCCGACAACUAGCGGAGAAGGAAGUGGAGUUUUUCAUUUCAACCACGUGUGGGGAAAAUGGCGUCAUAGAUCUGGGUCAGUUCACCAAUCUCUUGUACAGGCUCAAGCUGUACAACGCGCCACCCCCAAAAUAAAGAAUGGACUCUUCCAGCUUAGUUAUACACCAUUUAGAGCCACAGUGGUUCAUUAUUAUUCCAUGUGAUUGGAUUCUACAUUAAUAUAUUGAAGAAAUAUAUUAAUCAUGAUUAAUAUCCUGCACUUUUACUUUAUACGUUUUAAAUCGACUUUCUUUAUCAAGGGCUCACGUUCAUUUUUAUUUGCUUAUUUGUCUUGGCCAUUUUAAAUUCCAAAAAAAAAAAGCUUCUUUUUAAGCUGCUCACUUAUAUUUGAGCUGUUUCUUUUUAUUUGCUCAAUUUCAUUUUUACAUGAUUUGUGGUUUCAUUUUAAUUUUACUGUAAACCAUACAUCAUUCUGUCAAGAUUUUGUUUAAUUCACUAUUGCAAAUAAAUAUUCAAUGUUGAAUUGUUCUAUGCAAUUAUUUUAACAGGUCAUUUUAAUAAAAAAAAAAGUUACAUCUGCAGUUACAGAUGAAAAUUGUUUUGGGAUAUUAAAAAAAAAAAAUUCUUCAAGAUUUUAGUUAUUUUCGUCCAUCUUGUUUUUCAAGCCAUAAAUGAUAAAGUAAAUAAUGUCCUAGAUUCUUUUUAUAGCAUGUUGACACAAACUUCAAGUAUUUUGCAAACAUUAAAAAUGAAGUUAUCGACAAAAAAUUACCAUAUUUUAUCUUUCUUUUAAAUGUAUAUGCACUAUUUAAUAAAUAUAUUUGCCA